AUGACUGAGGGCUCGUGGCGGCAGGAACGUUUCUUGGUUACGCAUCUGUCCCUGUUGGAGGUGGAUUUCGACUCGCGCCUCAGCUACUUUGUACAAGCCGCCGAGGCAAGCAGCGGGGUCAGCCGCAAUCGCAGGAAACUGUCCGCAGGUCGUGAGCUCUUGAAGGACGUAACGCAGGCGCAUAGCAUCGCGAUAGAGUCUUUGUUUGUCCAGCAACGCUGGGAACGCAGGGCUGCGCUUAUUGCGCUCAAGGAGGCUGUGGAGUCUAUAGGCCUUACUUGGUUGCGAAAGGAGCCCUUGCUCCCGGGCGUGGACAUCGAAGAUCUUGCAGGCACUUUCUUUCGGGCGAUCCAGGAGGCAGCUGAAGCAUUUGAGGCCAUUCUCGAAAGG